CCGGGCUCUUUGCACAGGAAAUUGUAUACAUUGGGAGCAUUCAGGAAGGCAGAGAGCAGCUUUCCCGUUAGCUCUGAGUGUGGACAUGAAAAAAAAAUGGAUAAAAGAGGUCAGUAAUUCCUAAACCAGGAGAGAAACAGAAGUCAGCUGUUCUCCUCCCCUCACUUCACUUCCCUCCCCUUUACACAGUCUCAGCAUUUCAAAAAUCCCUGCCACACCACUGCCACGAGUCCAUCUCUAAACAUAGAAUAUUUGAAAAAUCUCAAAGUGGAAAUCAGAUAAAAAAUUAAUUUUCCUGAGGGGAUUUGCCUCUCUUGAUACAUGUAUGCUUCCUCAGCUACAGAGAAGCCAGUGAAAAGGGGAGACUGUGUGGAAUGAAGGAAAAGAGGAGGAGAUAAAAAGGAGCAGAGAGAGACUGGCUGGGGGUAAAAAAACAACAGGAAACCAACCGAUUCUAAUGCUGUUUCUGCAAAUCCUUCAGAGAUAAAGCAGUGCUCUGCCACGUCCCAGCGAAGCGAUGGUCACACCAUGUCUUUUCUUUGAUCAUCACUUGAAGUAAUGACAAUCUAAAGGACUUAAAAGUUCAAAAUGUGACGUCACUUCUUCUCUCAGCCUCCAACAGUGUGUUUAGUCAGAAUGUGAGCGGAUGCAGACUUUUGGGAGCUGAUUGCUGGGAUUUCUAUGUGGCUGCUUUUUGACCUACAAACUCAACCUUUCUGUGGGUCAUAUGGAUCGAUCUCUGUGCUUCCAAGGAUCUGUUUGUUUUAAUCAUCUGGACUACUAACUGGAACCACAUGAAGAAUAAAGGGACUAAGCAGAAGUCCAAAAAGAAAGGAAGUGAAAAUGCGUUCGGCUGUGACCUGAUAGAACAUCUCCAGAAUUCAGGACAAGAUGUCCCUCAGGUUCUGAAGAAAUGUGCAGAGUUUAUUGAGGAGCAUGGGAUUGUGGACGGGAUCUACAGACUGUCGGGGGUCACCUCAAAUAUCCAGCGUCUCAGGCAGGAAUUCAGCUCUGAGGCGUGCCCUGACCUUACAAAGGAAGUGUACCUCCAGGACAUCCACUGUGUGGGUUCCUUAUGUAAGCUGUACUUCAGGGAGCUACCCAAUCCUCUGCUCACAUAUGAGCUAUACAGCAAAUUCACUGAAGUGGUCUCGGUCCAGGGGGAUCAUGAGAGACUUUUACACAUUCAGAGGGUCAUCAAAGAACUGCCGACCCCUCACUUCAGGACUCUGGAGUACCUUACUAAGCACUUGGCCCACCUUGCCACCUCAAGCACAAAGACCAACAUGCACACACGAAACCUGGCUCUGGUUUGGGCUCCAAAUCUAUUAAGAUCUAAAGACAUUGAGACAUCAUGUGGUAAUGGAGACAUGGCUUUCCAGGAGGUGCGGAUACAACAGUCAGUGGUUGAGUUUAUUCUAAACCACACAGAGCAGAUCUUCAGCAGUGAUUCUGUGCAAAUCAAACCCAAAGAAGGACCGAGUUUGAUGUGUGGAGAGAAGUAUGCCACACUCCCGAUCAGUGGCCAGUGUGGGCCGAUGAAACUGAUGAGCCUGGAAGAAGCCCAGGCCCGCUCCUUAAGUCCAAACCAUCCUGUGCAUAAAGAGCGUCAGCGAGAGAACAGUCUGCCUGAUACCAGCACUGCCACGCUCUACCACACUGUCAUAGACAUAUCAGACAGCAAGAGAAAGUUUUCUGGGAAGUCGAAGAAGUGGAAGUCCAUCUUCAACCUGGGUCGGUCUGUGGACUCGAAGGGGAAACUGAGCCGGAACGGCAGUGUGUUCAUAAGAGCACCGGGGAUAACAGAAAAGGCAGCUCUCCGUCCAUCCAGGAGCAUGGAGUCCUUGUGCUCCUUACCAACAGAUGAUGACAGAACAGGAAACAGCAGUCCAGCUGGUGGACCCGGUAGCAUUUUUGUCCCAGAUGUAAAAUCCAGAACGCUGGGAUCCGACUCGCUUUAUGACCUCAGUGAACACGACCAAAAAUGGGAGUUUAAAGGGAACAAUGCUGGCGGGGCAACAGGUGGCUGGAGCUCUAGCAUGAACCAGAAGGGGUCACCAGGUGCCUCUACACCCCCUCAAAAAACACUGCCAGAGCAACUGAAAGUAUUCAAAGGUGAUGAGCUCAGAGGCUACAAGCCCACCUCUCCGAAAAACAGGAGGAUGUUAUACUCAGGCUCCUCCCACAACAGCUCCUCUCGGCCCUCCUUCCCAGGAAGCUUCUUCCCGCUGGAAUCCUCGCCGAGGCAUCAGCGCAGAGCCGUCAACAUAUCUGAGCCUUUUGCUGUGUCCGUACCCCUGCGCGUGUCAGCCGUUAUCAGCUCUAACAGCACGCCAUGCCGGGGGCCCGCCAAGGACAAAGCAGCUACUCUGAAACCCUGCAAAGAGAGCUCAGAACAGAGCAGCAACAGUGGAAAAAGCAACACUUUCCCCCAACUGGAACCCAAGAAGCAGGAAGGAGCAGAGAAGAAAAACACAGAGGAGCCGACCUCUAGAGUCCCGCCAGAGGAUACAAGCAAAGAAGUGGUGCAAGAAGGUCAAGGAGAGAUGAAUAUUUCUGAACUGGAAUCACCGUCCCUUGCAAAUGCAAGAGAAGGCAAAGAUGCAGCGCCAUCUCCUGGGAAAGAACUACACAACCAGCCCAUAGCUAUGCAACUGGACAAGAGAUCGUCUACUGGGAAACCGCUGUGGUCUGACCUCCACCAAGAACUGAAGAUAACUGAACCUGAAAUUGACCUGCUGGAUGAGACUUUUAAACCUGUUUUUGGCUCCAGGAGCACUUGUGAGGUCAUGAAGUUAACAAUGGAUGUAAAGUCAAAACGAAGCCGCAGCUCUCCGUCUCUAUCUUUGUUAUUUAGGGAGCAGUCUUCAAAUACCUCUCUGAGUGAUCAUGUAGUCGCUACUGGAUCAGACUCUGCAAAGAAACAGCCCUCAGAGUCAGACAUCUUACUUUCUCUCCACAAAAAAUUUGAUGUGAUUGUUGGUGGAAACACCGAAAAUGCCCGCCCUGCUGACAUGGUGGAUGAAAAAGAGAAGAAGCUGCAUCAAAAAAUCACACCCUCAAACAAAGACGACCCAGCUUCCACCAAACAGUGCCAACUUCCUUUAAAGGAAACCUGUUCAGAUAAAGUUAUGAAUCCUUUGACGAGAGAGGAUACUCCAACGGCUGAAGGCUCCUCAGGAGCAGAUGAGUCAGACAAAAAGUCAGCAAAGCAUGAAAUUCCUCAAGGAGACAAAAAUGUCUCCUGUGAUGGAGCAAAGAAGAGUGUGACUCCUGAGCUGGAAGUUAUUCCGAGGCUGUCGGUGUGUUUGGAGGAGAGACGUAAAACCUUGGAGCUGCCAAACCUUGACGAAGGAUGCGGAGGAAACUCAGAGGAGCUGGACUUGGUGGAGCCCUGGGAGGAUCUUAGCUCCACCAAGCAGUGGGUUACCAGUCCUCUCCACUCACCUGACGUGGAGGAGUUGUUUAACCAGCUGUCACCCUUCAGCUCUCGUGGGGAAACUGUGAGCUCAGAGGAGGGAAAUAUUUCUUCAGCUGAUGAUAACAAACAAUCUCUCAUUAAGAGCACUGAACGCUUCUCAGGAAACAGUCCUCAGACCACCAGCAAAGCAGAAACUAAAUGGAUGUAUUUGCCGUCAGUACCUACACGGGUCAGUGUGAACAGCAAUAACGCAACACAACCUCACACAGGAAAAAGCAGCACAACAAAACAGAAGAAUACAGCGUCAUCUCAGAGGUUUUACAGACAGAUGUCUUAUGAAGCAGCUGCUUCGGAGAAAAGAGAGGAAAAUUGCUUUUUUAAACACAGGCCAUAUUCUCUUAAUUUAGACCUGGGGCAUCGAUGCAUCAGAGACAUUUCUAAUCAGCAAAACCAUAAUUCAUCAGAGUUUUCCUCUUGUCAGAGAGGAUUACUGACCUCGUCUGCAACUGUAAACAACGGGCUUCCCUCGGAGCUGGAGUUGUUUCUGAGUGAUCGGCAGGCACCUCUACGCCGAAAUUCAGCCCCGGUCAGCGUGUCAUCGGUGCGAACAGCCUUCAUGAUAAAAACAUGCCAGGCCAAAGCUGUGCCCGUCAUCCCUCCGAAGGUGCAGUACAGUCAGAUACCUCACUCCAGACAUGAGAAUGAUUUUGACGCAGUGAAGGAACAAGAGAAGGAAUAUCCUAAAAUGAGCGCAGAGAAAAGCAACGCUGCACCUCCUCUGACGAUGUCAGAUCUGAAGGAGGAGCUGGAGAAUAAAGAGCCUUCCCCCAAACACCAAAAACACCCAAAUGUUGAGAAAUGUGGAGAGUCAGUGAAGACCACAUCUACUCCAGAGCUGCCAGUCAUAACAAGGAGACACGCGCCCAGUCUAGAAGUGUUUGUAGACUGUCCCAGACCUAACAGAGGGAACAUCUUACAAAGGCCGUCUUUCAGGAACCGGCAGAGACCUCAAAGUCUCAUCCUGCUCAGCCCUCCUUUUCCCAUCAUGGACUACCCGCCGUCAGGAGACGACGGCAAGCUCCUUUCAUCCAUCAAGAGCCUGAACGACACGUCAGCAGGGAGUGUCUUUUCUAAAGAGGUGUCGGAGAAUUUCAGGACACCGGAGGGGAUCCCUCUUCAAAACAAAAUGACAAUUCCAAAAAGUGGACAGAGACUGGAAACGUCAACCAGCUGCUUCUACCAGCCGCAGAGGAGAUCGAUGAUAUUUGACAGCAGGAGCCACAGGCAGAUUGAGUGACUGGAGGUACAGUCACUGACUAUGAGACUGGGUGUGUGUAAAUAGAUACAGUAUACAAGGAAACUUAUAGUGGAAACUGAAAGGAGGACGACAUGAUAACCUAAUGGAGCAUUUUGUUUGCUAUGAUUCAAGCAUUUCUUGAGGGAUGAAGGAUUUGUUAAAAUUCAGAUUCUGAAGUAUUUAAGAAGGAAUUGAGGACGCCAUGAUGUAUGUAAAAGCCAUUUAAGCUUGACUAAGAUCUAGGGCUGCAACUAAUGAUUUUUUUCAUUAUCCAUUAAUCUGCUGCUUAUUUUCUCGAUUAGUCCAUUAAUUGUUUGGUCUAUAAGAUAUCAGAAAAUAGAUUUUAAAAAUCUCAUCACAGUUUCCCAGUGCCCGAGCUGAUGUCUUCAAAUGGCUGGUUUUGUCAAAACAACAGUCCCAAACCCAAAGAUUAAGUUAAAAAAACAGCAAUUAUUUACAUUUGAGAAGUUGGAACCAGUGGCAUUUUUGCUUAAAAAUGUAUUUAAACAAUCAAUGAUCAAAGUUGUUUGCUGGCAAUUAAUUUGCUGUCAAUCGACUAAUCUAUUAAUCGAAUUGUUUCGGCUCUACUGAGAUCAAAGAAGGAAAUGUUUUUAAAAGUGACUAAUUCUAAAUGAAUGACAGACAUUUAGUUUAAUGCUCAUGUCAAGUUACAGUAAAAAUGAGAAAUUGAAUUUAGAGCUCACUCUCAGACAAACACAGAGAUUUGGACUGUUAAAAAAAAAUCUGUUAACUAAUAAAUUAGCUGCUGUGAAGUAUUUGUUGGAAAAAGUAGCUUAACAAAAGAAUUUUUUUUAACUCAAAGUCCUCUUUCUAGCUUUUUUCCCCCAGAGUUUUCAACCACAUCUCACAGUCUUUCUCAGAGGAUGGAGUUUAUUCAGUUGUCAUGGAGAUAGCUCAUUGAGCAAAAGGAAAACGAUUGAAAUCUCCACAAUAAAGCUAGUAAGUGGACCUUAAGUAAUUUUUUUUUACUAAUUCAUAGGGAUUAGUUGUUUAAAUAUUUAAAUAUGUUCCUUUUCAUCCUCCCUCUCUGAAAUAACUUUGUUCCAGGUUUCAUUGAAGCAAAAAGGUCACCAGGUUUCUAGUGAGUCACUGGAAAUUCGGACAAACAAAUGACUUGUGUUCAGGGCUUCAUAUUUUCCUUAUGUCUCUACAAUAUUUCGAUAUACUGGAUUCUGCUACGGCACUCAGUUCCACAAGAAUCAGAAUAAAGUCAUGUUAAACAAACAAACAAACACAUCCCAUGUGUGUCAAUGUUGUUAUGACAUACAGUAUAGUUGGAUUAUUUGAAUUUAAUGACCGGUAACAGUCAGAGUUCAUACUGUAUCAGACUGUGACUUCUUUACAAAAAUAUUCAUGUCUGAUAUGAAUUUAUGCUCAAACAUUAAGGGCUCUGAAUACAGGAAAUGUACAGUAAAGGUUAACAACAAAUAAAAUGGUAAACUUAAAAACUGACAAUUAAACUGUCAAACAGUUUAACAGCCAUGAAUUUGAUCAUGUAGAUUAAGAUAUGUUUAUUUAUUCCUUUAUUAAUAUACACCUGAUAAGAAGUAAACUUGCAACUCUUUAAAUAUACUGUAUGUUGCUAUUGGCUCUGUGAUAAGCUGAUGUCAAUGUGAUUUUUUUAAACUAAUAUUUAAAAGGAAAUUCUUUUUCUGAUCAAAAUAUAUUGCAAACGUAAUUAAUAGUAUUUACCCACAGAAGUACUUUAAUUCAUGUGUAUCUUUAUUUUCUGUAAUUGCUUUGUGUUUUAUUUGUUGUUUGGUUUUUGACAAUAAUGAGAACCAGCAUUGUAGAAAAGACUAAAGAGUAUCUGUUAUAAAAGUGUACUGGAGGUUGAGUGUGUGCACGCUGACUGUAUUUCAUGUGUUUGGGCUUUGAUGGUGCUUUGAGUCAAAGUCAUAUGAUGGAAUCUCCAGGUUUUUCUCUCUCUUCAUUUUACAAACACAGCAUCUGAUGUAUUUACCUUUUGUGCUAUUUGUGGGGUGAGCGCCCAUGAACACAACAUAGUUUGGAUGUUAAAGGAGGUUACAGUGUAUUCUUUUUUUAAAGAUGCGGAUAUUAUUGCGGUCACAGUGUUUUUUUAUGCUGUAGUUUGGAUGGACUGGAUGAAUGAUUACAGUGUUUUAUUCAAAUGAGAUAUAAAUGUUUUUUAUUUGUCUUGUAACUUUUGUAUACUUGUUGAUACUGAAAAUGAUUGGCUGAACCGCCUGUAUUCUUAGGAAAAACAACUGAAUGCAGAAUUUUGAGAUGAGCGUUUUGCCUUAAUUAGAUGAUGACGGCACCUGAAGUAAUGUACAUAAAACACUUGAUGAGUUUUGUUACAGAAGAAAGUUAUGAGAAUAAAAAGUUCUGAACAUCA